CUGACCUGAUCCGGAUUGAGGAUAGCACUAUGAGUUAUCUUCCUUGUUUUUCUGCAGAGACUUGGACUCUGUUAGUGACAUUUCUCUGCCUGUUAAUUGCGUAUGGAUACUGGCCGUAUGGGUUUUUUAGGAAACUUGGAAUUUCUGGUCCGAAGCCUUCACCAUUCUUUGGAACAUUUUAUCUAUAUGCGAAGGGUUUAACUCAAGCAGAUAUCGAGUGCUUCAGGAAAUAUGGCAGAAUUUGGGGGAUUUAUGAAGGCAGACAGCCCGUUGUGUGCACAAUGGAGACAGGAAUAAUCAGAACAGUUCUGGUCAAGGGAUUUUACCCUUACUUCACCAACAGAAGGGACUUCCGUUUCAGUGGCCCGCUCAAUGACUCCCUCAACAACGCCCGAGAUGAAAGCUGGAGGCGGAUACGCACCAGUCUCUCCCCCUCGUUUUCGAGCGGCCGAAUUAAAGAGAUGUUUCCCCGAAUGAAGCAACAGGCUGAUAAAUUAGUGCGGUGUCUUCAAAAGACUACGAACAGUGGUGAAGCUGUGGACAUCAGAGAAUUCUUUUCUGCUUACGGUGUGGAUGUUCUUGGGAGUACUAUUUUAAGUGUUGACACAGAUUCUUUCAACAACCCCAAUGACCCUGUUGUCAUGAAAUUAAAGAAGAUUGACUUUGACUUUAGUAAUCCAGGUUUUAUUUUGUCAGCUCUUUUUCCUUUUUUGAAUCCACUGCUGGAGAAAGCGAAUCUUUGUAUUUUUCCACUCGUUGAAGUCAGAUUCAUUUAUAACUUUCUCGACAAAGUAAUUCUGGAUCGUGAGAAAAAUGUACACAUGAAACAGAUGGAUUUUCUCCAACAGAUGAUUGAUUCGCAAUUGCCAGAAACCAAAGUUGGCACAAACGAAAACAAGAAAGGUAUGACACGUAGGGAGAUCCUGUCUCAGGCCGUGAUAUCAUGGUUGACCGGUCAUGACAUCAUGAGCAAAACUCUGGCAUUCCUGUCAUACAACCUGGCCACCAACCCUGACGCUAUGAAAAAACUGCAGGAUGAGAUUGAUCAGGUGUUUGCAAACAAGGCCCCGGUCACAUACACGGAGCUAAUGCAAAUGGAGUACCUGGAUAUGGUAUUGAAUGAGUCUCUAAGGAUGUACCCCAUCGCUCUUCGAAUUGAAAGGCUCUGCUCAGAGACCAUUGUUAUCGGUGGUAUCACCAUACCUAAAGGAACACUGGUCAUGAUUCCAGUAUAUGCCCUGCAUCAUGACCCUGACCUUUGGCCAGAGCCGGAAUGCUUCCGUCCUGAAAGGUUUGGAAAGGAAAACAAGCACAGCCUUGACCCCUAUGCUUUCCUGCCAUUCGGAGCAGGACCAAGGAAUUGCAUAGCAAUGAGGUUUGUCACUGUCCUCAUGAAACUUGCUGUGGUACAGGUGCUUCAGAACUUCAGCUUUGCCAUGUGUGAGGAGACAGAGAUACCUCUUCAGCUCAUCUCAAUACCAUUGCUUGGAACUAAAAACCCCAUAAAACUGAAGGUUGUCCCGCGUUUUCCUGUGAUGGAGGAAUAAGUCACAGCUCAACUACAGCCCAACUGCUCUUCUUGCCUACUUUCAUUCACUGACAUGUGAAGAAAUUACACAAUUAUGUAGUCAUUUGAAGUAAGAUUUUUUUUUAGGUAAUGGCUAAUCAAUUUCUGCGUCUGUCUUCCAAUGGUGAUUAUAAUCUUAAAGCUCAUACUUUGUGAAUCGAUUAGUUUUGCUCUAGUUUUUCUAAUUUGUCUUACUUUGUUCCCGCGGUCAGUAGUGUGUCCAAUGGCUCAUGGCUGCCUGCAGACUCAUCUCUCCACUGUAAUGUCCAGAGCUUGUAGGGUAGAGUUAAGGAGCAAGGCUUGGAUCACUAAAGAAGCUGGUUUGAUUAGCCAACAGGGCAGUGCUGUUCUGCUAUGCUCUGAAGUACAUUUGCUAUAAAGUAGAUAUCCUGAGUUGCUUUAGUAGGAGCAACUAUCCAGCCGUAUAAGUGGAUGACGUGAAAGUUGUAAGCCAUGUAGGUUUCUCUGGAUAAGAAUAACUGAUAUGUGUAUGAAAUGUA